AAGAUCAGUCGUUCGGUACACGUCGCGCUCUCGUCUUCGUUCCCCUUGGAGCGUGCCCGAGGAGCAAUUAGACACUUUUUUUUCGUGGCACAUUCGAAGGAAAAAUCGAGAGGGAAGGCAACGUUUUUUUGCUUUUCAUUUCGUCAGGAUGAACCUCUGAUUUUUGAGCUUCCGAGUGCAUUUUAUUCGACCUCCCCGCCCCGCUAGUUUGUGCUCGAAAAAUCAAACCAAAAAUUACAGACUUCCGCGGAUAAACAAACGCGAUAUUCCCUCGAGCAUUUUGAGCUCGCCGGCUCGAGCUUCAGCGAGGAAAGAAAUGCUGUAAAACAGGGACGAGGAAAGAAAUCGUGUGCCGUCACGAUGCUCGGGUCACGAGAAUAUCGUGGCGAUCGUUUCGACUCGUCCACCGAGCGCGUAACCGCACCGCCCUGCGCCCGAUCGCCCUUCCACCAACUUCUUCUUCUCCUGCUUUUUCUUCAUCUCGUCAACGACGCGUACGCCCAGCGAAGUUUGGAAUUUUACGAUCUGCUGCCCGAAGAUCCAAAGCUCUACGACAAAAUGAGACCGCCCAAGAAAGACGGGCAAGCGACGGUCGUAUAUUUUCACGUCACGGUCAUGGGUCUCGAUUCCAUCGACGAGACAUCGAUGACUUACGCCGCUGACAUAUUUUUUGCGCAAACGUGGAAGGACAAUAGGCUGAGACUUCCGGAAAAUAUGACCUCCGAGUACAGAUUGCUGGAAGUCGAUUGGUUGAAACAAAUGUGGAGACCGGAUUCUUUCUUCAAGAAUGCCAAAUCCGUUACUUUCCAAACUAUGACGAUACCGAAUCACUAUUUGUGGCUUUACAAAGACAAAACAAUACUGUACAUGGUCAAACUCACUCUCAAGCUCUCUUGUGCCAUGAAUUUUCUCAUUUAUCCUCACGACACGCAGGAAUGCAAGUUGCAAAUGGAGAGUCUGUCCCACACGACCGAUGAAAUGAUCUUCCAGUGGGAUCCUGACGUGCCACUCGUCGUUGACGAGAACAUCGAGUUGCCCCAGUUGCAGCUCAUCAAAAAUUACACGGCUGACUGCACCCAGGUUUAUUCCACAGGUAACUUCACUUGUCUCGAAGUGAUAUUCAUCCUGAAGCGACGUCUCGGUUACUAUCUUUUCCACACAUACGUGCCGACUUGUCUGAUCGUCAUUAUGUCCUGGGUGUCAUUUUGGAUAAAACCGGAAGCCGCCCCAGCUCGUGUGACUUUGGGAGUAACCUCGUUGCUGACACUUUCGACUCAGCACGCGAAAAGCCAAGCAUCUUUGCCGCCCGUUUCGUACCUCAAAGCCGUCGACGCUUUCAUGUCCAUAUGUACGAUUUUCGUGUUCAUGGCGUUAAUGGAAUAUUGUCUGGUUAAUAUCGUCCUCGGUGAUUCCGAUGCGCCGCCGGCGAAACCGCCUCCUCCGCCGGCACCCGCAGCCUCCGCGGGGGGUCCAAACGACUCGAGCAAACUCGACAAGAUCUUCGACAUAGCGACAAAGGAGAACGCAAUGCUGUUGUCCGGGCGAUCGCAGAAAUCGACGACUGGACCACCGCCGGGGCCGACGCUUGCUCAACGUCGGAGAAUGCGAGCACUCAACAUCGACCGUUUCUCCCGGGUUUUCUUUCCCUUUCUCUUCGCCGUACUCAACAUCACUUAUUGGUGCAUGUUCGCUAAAUACAUUUAGACUUGUGCCGAUCGAGUGUUUCGUUCAAAUUUGGCAAAUCGAGUGAAGCAAAAACGCGACAUUGAGGCGAUGUCGAAUUCAUUAUUUUUUCGAGCCUCAUUAUUACCUUUUUCGCAGUCCUCCCCCCGUUUAUUUCAUUUCCAAAUGCCCCGAAAUGUUAAUUCCCUUUACUCGUAGUUUCACCAUUUCCUCGAGCAAUUUACGAACCCCCCUGCAAUCUUUAAUUCAAUUUUCAUUGCGAGCACGAAAACUUGAAGCAGAUUUUAUCGGAAAACAUGCUCUCCGAAAGCGAUCGACGAUCGAUUAUUUCGCUUCGUCUCACUCCAGUGAAACCUCAUACGAAAGAUCUCUCGAUAGUGCAUGCGGUCGAUAAGGAUAAUAUCGAAAAAAUAUUCUGGCCACUGUACAGAUAACUAAAAUUCUUAGAUCGUAAUUUCAUUAGAAUAUAUAUCGCUGUCUCGUUCAACGAGAGCGAUUAACGCUUUGGGAUGAAGAAAAAUCAGAUCGAGUCCACAGAGAUUCAAAGAUCGUAAUUAACGUCAAAUUAAUUGUGUUCUUUGCGAGAGAGAGCUCCCGAUGCGUGCAUGUUUUCGUGUGUUCUAAAUGACGCGAUGGAGUACAUCAACACAUGCAUACAUCGAGCGACCACUUUUUAUUCACAUAUUCUUGUAAAAUACGACAAAAAAUCGAGUACGAAGAAUACCAAUGAUCGCUUGGUCGAGAAAAAACGAAUGAUCGAGAGAUCCGAGGCGAUGAGAAAAUGGAAAUUCUAAUUAAAAAUUCUUCUCUCUUACUCUGUCGUGAUUAAAAAUAGUCGAGGGUCGAAGCGAUGUUAGAACGAGUGAAAUUUUUGCAGACGCGGAUACACACGCGCCGUUGUCCAUAUCAGGCUUGUCUUGUAUCGUGGUUUUUCAAAUGACGAAUAACGAAUCGAACUUUCGCUCGCCAAUAUUGCUUGGGCAGUCCUAUCGAAUAAUAUUGUUAUAAUACUAUGAUGAGCGUUAUUAAAAGAGCCUCUGAAUAGCGGUGAAUUGUGCGUACAAGCGAAGCGAAUCAUUGGAAAGGGAGAAAUGGAUUGAGAAUCGAUCGUUCCCUCUGUCAACUUCAUCGCGCUUCAAUAUAUAUAUACGCACGCGUAUACAUUCGAAAUAUCGAUGCUCGCGCGAUCAUUACUCUCGACUCGAAACACACUUUGUAUACUAAAAUAAUGAAUAAUUGUAACGUUAUUAUGAAACAAUAAGAAUUAAUCUAAGUAUAAAAUGGGUCAUGAAAUACGAGGUAGAAAUCUCACGAACAAUGCUUCGCCGUGCGGGCUGCCAUUGACCAGUGGGAUCGUUAAUUAUAUAUCGGGUAAUUAUCAAAUUAACAAUAAAUACGUCAACGACUAA